AUGGUCUCUACUCGUCCUAAAAACGCAACUCAGCACCCUGGUGAUGUCGUCAAGCAAGCUACAAGGAAGCGACGUACGGCAAAGCAAAUUGCUGCAGAUAAUGAGCGGGCAAGAGAAGCACAGGAAGCACAGGAAUUAGCCGCCAAAAACGGCAUUGAUCGUGUUGGAGCGAUAGAAGCAUCGAUGGAGAUAGAGCAGGCAGCAGCAGUAGCAAAGUCUAAAGAUGAGCGUACCUUGCAAGGUCUCACUGACGAUGAUAUGGAUGUAGGAGGUGAUUAUGGGGAUGAGGUUGAGAUGGCUGAGCCAAAGCCAAAGAAGAAGAAGAAAGUCAGCCUUUUGUUACGCGAGGCUGUCAGUGCUGCGAGGUUGAAGAAGCAGAAUGAGGAUCGAUCUGAUAUCGAUCUGAUUGAUGCGCCUCAGCCUGGGAGACCUGUUGAUGGCAAGGCACACGGCCUUGACAAGAAAGGAAACAAUGUCGAAGGCAAGAAAUUCAGCUUGUCAGGGAAGAUCAAUAAUUGGCGCGAUCAAGUGGAACCUGAUUCGAAGGGGAAAUCCUCAAAGGCAUCCUCAGUUCGGAGUGGGACAAGCAUACCCUGCUCAACGACAGAUUCAGUAUUUAGCCGUGUAACGUCAACAACUACUUUCUCGCAGGCAACAGAACCCCCACCUACUCCAACCAAGACUUCAAAGUCCCAGGCCGACCAUACACUUAAGGCCACCUACUCUGACGACGGCGACCUUGAUGAGAGUGAUUCUGACUCGGAAGAGCGUGCAGCUGCCAUUGCAGAAAAAGGACAAGGCAAAGCUGCUAUGACGACCGUUAUCGAAAUCGAGAGUGGCACUGAUACCGACGUGUAUGUGACAGUUCCUAGCACGGGAUCGAAGGGGAAAAACAAAGCCGUCACUCGCGCAAAGGUUAUCGUUCCAGGAACGCCCCAGGAAUCUGACACCGAUGACAACAGAUCAGUUAGCUAUGCCUUAGAGCAAGGUGCACCUCGUGCUGGCAAGAGGAAACUUGACCUUGGACCUGAAGACAACUCGAACGAUUACGAGGAUGGAGAUGGAGAUGACGUCAUGGAGUUUGAAGAUGACACCAUGCAGCUCGACAGUGAGAUUGAAGGCAGCACCCAACCUAUUGCCAAAGAGGCGAAUAAAGUAGUCCGCACCACUUCAGCGACAAACACGACGGCUGUCGAGAAACCGAUUGCACCGCUGCCAGCCAAGAAGGUUAAAUUAGAGCCGGCUUCUAAAGCCUCCACAAAGGUACCACGCCCAGCCAAGAAGGUCAAAUCAGAACCGGCGUCCAAAGUCGCGAUGACCCGGGCACCAGACGUUCCUGAGUCGAUGCUGGCAGACAUGGCGACCAAGCCAGCACCAGGUAGUACCCAGUGGCGAAACACGGACCUUCCACCUCUAAUGAUGGUGAACAAGUUGUGGCGUAAGCAAUUCAUUCCGACUGUUCUCCUUUGGGCGGGUAGCCAGCCCAAUUUUUGGACGAUCGAGGCCGCAGAUUUGCUGGCUGCAGGUGCAGGCCAUUUUCAACGCGAUGUACCCAGACGUGAAGCAUCAAAUCCAACCCAAGGGCCCCAUCAUGGGUGUGGUCACCCAGCGACGACGAGGACGAGGACAGGUGUCGAAGACGAGAACACCGACAACGAGGAGCAGUACAUGGUUCAAAUGGCGACGUCCCUUCUUGAAGGUUACGCGUUUCUGUUCGCGGACCCCGAUACCUGCAAGCCAUCUGAAAUUUACCGCUCUGUCUUCACACCUCAGGCAUCAGUUUUCGGUAUCAAUAAAGGUCUGUGA